ACGUUAUUCGUUCGAUUUCUUUAUUUAUAACAAUUAAUAUCGAUAUUCAGGUCAAAGCGUAAAAAAAGAAUAUCUCGCGUUCCGUUUCUUACUAUAUAACGUAAACAUAAAAAGAGAACGACAAACGAUAUGUAAAACUGAUAACUCUUCCACGCCUUGUUAGAACAAUGAAUGCCUUCUUCGGAACUAGCAUAGAUAUUACAGCGCGCACAUUGCAUUUGACCAGUCGGCUUACAACUGCUGGCACAGUCGGUAGUCGCGCUAUUCUCUUGUCUUUUCUCUCUGCGUAUUCGGUAUUCGUCUCGCGAUCGUUCGUCAUUUGUCGCGUUUAUUAAAAGAAAAAAAAAAAAAAAAAAAAAAAACGUUGCUUCGAUCGACUCGAGAAGAAAAAAAAAAAAAAAAAGAGAAAUGUAAAAACGGAGUCGAAGAUUCCGAUCGUAUCUCAACAAAAAUUCGACGCGUGUUCGAGAGAAAUAAGGGAAGAAUACGCGGCGGUGGUGGUACACGGUGUUGGACGAUUCACGACGGCAGGAAUGACGGUGGUGAAGGUGCAAGGAAGGUGCAACUCUACGCGGAUGGAUACGCGGAGAUUUUCGGAGUAAAGUAAAACUCUGCGAAGGAGGAGCAAAUUCCUCUCGAUCACGAGACACACGCGCGUGCCCUACAUUUCCUAUCCUAUACGUUGGACGCGGCGAUGGUGAACCAUCAAUCACGAGUUUUAUCGGCCUUUCCAUCCUCGAGCCUUCACCGGAAACGGAGCCAUCCUUUUUUGCAUUCGACGCGCGAUACAAUCGCGUCUUGAUGGACUAAAAAUCCUCGGCUCGAAUGUUCGAGCACCCUGUGAACCCUCCGCCAGUUUUCUGGGAUAAUAAACGCGUGAAAUCUGAAAUUUUCGCCACGUUUAAAACAAACGAAAGAUAGAAAGCGAUAGAGAGAGAGAGAAAGAGAGAAGAUUUCCGUUGACACGAUAUAUGUACAAUUUUCGAUCGGUUUCGCGCGGGCGCGUGUGCGUGCGCGCGAGUGCGUGCGUGUGUGUCAAAGGGAUAGGAAAGUUCGAUCUUUCUUUGGAAACGAGUAACUUUUAAUCGAACGAAACCUGAUAUGUAAUCUCGUAUCCCCGUUUCUUUCCCUCUUUGCGUGUCAUUUCUUCCUUCCUUUUUUCCUUUUCUUUUUUUUUUUUUUUUUUUUUCACUCUAUUGCACGGCGUCAAAGCGGAACACGCGAAAGGAAAAGAGAGAACGGGGAGGGGGCACAAUAGAGAGACAGGUUGUCGUUUUGUUCGUUUCCUUUAUCGUUUAGUAGCCACUGGGUAAUUGUGUUUUUUAUCUACCUGUCAGUUGCAUAUCUACUGGAAGCAGGAAAUUUAAUACGUAAAUGAAGGAGAAAGAGAGAGAGAGAGAGAAAGAAGAGAGGAAGAUAAAUAAAUAAAAUGUACAGUCAGGUUUCUUCAAAUCGUGCGAACGAAGGGGGAGGGGUACGAAGAGUUUCGUUUUUAUUCGUAAAUUGGCCGACUCGCGGAGAGAUCGAUGCCCGCUCGGUUUGCUGAAUCAUUGAUCGGUAACUAUAACGUUCGAAUAAUUUAUACCGUCGAUGGUUUUUGGAAUCGUGAAAUAUUUAGAGUCUCAUGAUCGUUGCGGUGUAACGAAAUACCCGGCCCAUUUGGUAAACCGCUGUUACAAACGUUUCCGUAUUUCCACGCCGGUGAUCAUCAGGUUCGCCGCCUUCCCCGAUUGUUCCAACGAUUUGAGAAUCUUUCACCCUCCCCUUGAACAUCAUUUCCUCCCGUUGUCCAUCUCACGAUCAAUCCCACGCAUCCAUCCUAUUCACUGUCAAGAACAAUUUAUCUCGUUACCUCGUUGACGGACGACAAACGUCAAAUUUCAAGUGGUCGAUAAUUAAGAUGACCAGGAAUCGCGAAGGGUGUUGUUUCGUGAUCGAAAUAAAUCGGUGAGAGAAGAAAUUUUCGACGAAAAAGGGAGGGGUGAUUGAAAGCAAGGACGGGGAAACAAAAGGAGAGAGGAUGAGAUUAUGGAUACUGGAGAGGAACAGUUUGAUCGCCCUAACGAUCUUCACGUUCACCCUCUACAUACUGUCCAUCUAUUUCAACGGCACGAUCGACGAUAUAAUACAUUUCAAACGGACCAGCGUGGGGAACGACACUCGAGUCACAAACACGACCAAGAAAAUCCUCUUCUGGAACACGAUGUUCGACGACGAGAAUUUUUACAUGGGGAAAGGAGACGUAUUCGUCGAUUGCCCCGUGAACGAUUGUUACGCGACCCACGAAAGAAGUUACGCGAGUCUCACGGAAUUCGACGCGGUCCUGUUCCACGGGAACGAGCUGAAGCUCGCCGAUCUGCCUUUACGAAGGAGCCCGCGCCAGUGGUACGUUUUCGUGAAUCUCGAAAGCCCGGCCAAUAGGCCCCUGUCCGACCAUUUUUACGAGGAUUUCUUUAACGCCACGAUGACGUACAGAUUGGACAGCGAUAUUGUAUGGACUUAUGGGAUCGUGAAGGACGUCAACAAUGGGCAAACUGUGGCGCCUGACAGAGAUGCACGUUGGAAAGCGUUCUAUAAUCGAUCAGGUAACCAGUCGCACAGCCGCGAGGAUGCAUCUUCAUCGAAGAUGUUUCGAAGGAAGGCGAGGCCGAUAAUCUGGUUCGUGAGCAACUGUCGGGCAAAAAGCGGUCGGCAGGAGUACGUGGACGAGCUGUCGAGGCACAUACCGAUCGACGUUUACGGGAAAUGCGGGACCAUGUAUUGUCCACCUAGCGUGGACUGCUUCAAGCAGGUCGUCGAACCCCACUAUUUUUUCUAUCUGUCGUUCGAGAAUUCGUUCUGCGACGAUUACGUAACCGAGAAGCUGUACAAUGCCCUCAGGUACAACGUGAUCCCAAUCGUAUACGGUGGCGCCAAUUACAGUCUCUUUGCCCCACCACGAUCUUACAUAAACGCAUUCGACUUCGAUUCUCCGAAGGAUUUGGCCGAAUAUUUAAAGAAACUGAUCAAAGAUCCGCGGGAAUAUAAUAAAUAUUUCACUUGGAAGAGGUAUUACAAAAUCGAUGGCGGCAUUCGACACGCCGCUUGCAAUCUUUGCGAGUUUCUCCACAAGAAGAAAGAGCCGCGAAUGUACAAUUCACUGUCUAAUUGGUAUAGUCAGCAAAAAUGUCCUCUCCAGGAAUUUUUACGUUAUCACAGUUACCUUACAGGUUUCGUUUUAAAAGACUGACUUUAAUAACUGACUAUAUUUUAAGUUAAAUAUAUAUAUAUAUAUUUUUUUUUAUUUUUAAAAUAUCGUAAUCGUUACAUCGUUAAAUGGAUUAAAAUGAAAAUCAUGAAAAAUCUAUGAUUUCAUCUCCUCGUUUAUUUAAAUAUUUAUAAUUUUUAAUCAAAAUGAUCGUGAACUCGACGCAUUUACCAUAUUUUUCGUAUUUAUUAUAGGAUUUAUUGUACGAUGUAGUGAACGGUAUUGUGUAAAUGCAGAGACUUUUUUGUCGUUUGAAAACUCGGUAAGUGGAACAUUGACUUUCGAUGAACUGAAAUAGGAUUUCGAACGAUAAAUGAAACGCGAAUUUCAUCUUGUUCCAUGAAUUCGCUAAUUGUAAAUAAAGUUAAACGAAUCAUCUUUAAACGAGGACACACCUCGUAUAUUCAUUAAAUUAUUCAUUAAAUUUGUUAAAUUUGUUAAAAAUAUCAAUUUUUGACAAAAAAAAAAAAUAAAAAACUUCGCGCACGAUUAUAAUAAGAAAUAAUUUUGUGAUAAAAGUAUUUCACGAUUCAGAAAAUCAAAGCGAAGUUCCGUCAUUACACCUUCUAUAAAAUAUUCACCAGUUGAAUCGUAACGUUGAAUGCACCGAAAACCAAUGAUUUUCAUAAUUUAUUCCGUCACACCGGUUUGCUUUCGAGCAUUGAAAUGUCAAUUAAACCGAACGUACCUCGAAAGUAUUUGCAGUUUCAAACUCGUUUAAAAAAAACUUUCAACGAUCCAACGUUGAAAAAAUUCCUACUGACUAAAUUAAUCUGUAAUUUAUUAUGAGUGGUAUAAAUAUUUCGAUAAUUAGUUAUGUAGAUAUCUUAAAAAUUAAAAUCGAUGCUCGUUCAAAGUUAUCGGGUAUAAAACAUAUGUUAUUAAAGUUUUGUAUUUCACGUAUUAUACUGCGCGUCAUGAAAACACUAUAAUUCCGUGAUGACUCAGAUUAUUUAAAUACAAUUUACAUUAGCGACUUACUCGUUCUUAUUCAAACAGAUAUGAAAAAGGAAGAAUGGAUUUAUUUUUAACCAUCGAGGCAAAUAAAAAAAAAAAAAAAAUCGCACGUGGAAUAAUUACUUUGACUUAAAAAAAAAUUUUGACUUGAAAAAAAAAUUAAUCAAAAAUAUGAUAAACAUGAUAAUAAUGAUGAAGUGAAUUGUUAAAAAUCUUUGUUUUAAUGUUUGACGAAAAAUCACAGAAAAUCACACAAUGACAAUUUCUUUGCGUAAUUUUAAUUUUAAUUGUUCAACAUCGGAAUCAUUCAUUGUAAAAUUGCAAUAUAAAGCUUGUUUUUUUAACAUCUAAUUGAACAAGUCAAAAUAUAUUUAAUAAAUAAAAUAUAAAUUCUUUUUCUGAAUUUUUUGCAUACAAUAUAAUAUAAUAUAAUUCAAACACCAAAAUUGAAAUGCUUGAUAAUAAGCAAACGAUAAGAAAUCCACGCAAAUAUAUUUACAUUUUAAUUUUUCUAUUUGUAAAACCAUUCUAUGAUUUCAUCGCCAUUAAAGCCGGCAAAUUAUUUCUGUUUAAUCGUCCUCCAAUUUAUUUACGAAAUUGCGUGACAAGUUCCUCAAGGUUACCAAGUUUCAUUCUCUAUUUUUAGAGUCGCGAUGAUUAGAGUGACUGUGUAUUAUUACGCUCCUGUAAAUAACUAUUACGAUAAAAAUCCUAUUCGAGGAAUUAAAAA